AUGAACCAAUCCAAAUUAAAUAUAAGAGACAUCGAACUGAUUGAUGGCAUGGAUGCAAAUGAUUUGAAGAAACGCUUUUCUGUAUCUGGUGCUAACGCUAAAAUAUUAGAAGAAAUGGUAGCUGAUUAUAAAGACGGCAGGCUUUCUCUAGCAGGAAUGUCUCAUAAAUCUAAAUUUAAUGAUAAAUGGCUUGAUAAGACUCGGCUAAAUAGAAUGAUUAAAGAAUAUGAUGAAGUACGGAGAAAGAAAGAUUUGGAAGAUAUACUAGAUAAUGCUCGUCAACUGAAGAAGAAAUUUUCUUUGACUAAAUCUGAAGCAUGCAAUUUAGAUAAAGUUGUACAAAAUAAUUUUAAACAUCUUGAAAAUCCUUACUUCUCCUUGCGGAAUAAUCUACGUAGUGAAGUCGAUGUAACAAAUAAUGAACGCACUCCUUUGCCGACUCAAAUCAAAAACAUCAUUUUACCAAGAAAAGUCUAUAAUGUUGGAAGGAUUCAAGUGGAAAAAUCAAAUUUCGUAAAUAAAACUGGACAACGAAAGUCACCAGAAGAUAAGAGAAAUCAGGAAAAGGUAAUUCAUGUGCAAUCACGAAAACGUGAUAGGUCUAAAAGUAUUCAGAGAUUCACUCAAGAGAACAAUAAAAAAUCAAGUAUUGCGAACGAAAAAUAUGCACCAAGUACAACGCGAAGGAUGUAUGAGAAGACACACCAAGAAUGGAACCAAAGCGAAAUGAAGCCUAGGAUCUCAUCAGGCCAUAGACAGAGUAUGGAAUAUCAAAUAAAUAAUAAAAUAUGGGAAAUAUUAAGAAGUGAUCUUCCCAUAGACUGGGACGACGAGAAGCACCCGUGUCAAGUCAAUCUCACAGACUCUGAAAUGAAAAAUUAUAUUAUAUCAGUCAUCAUAAAGAAUAAUAAAGAUGAGUUAAAACAUUAUAAUGAUCCUUGUGAGUCGCAGACCAGCAAAGAUACUGUAAGCAGUGGUCGAUAUCGCCAAACAGAUACGAGUGAUAGAAAGAAAUUCAUUAAACGUGAAGUUAGGAGACACAUCUGGCAGUGGCUAAUGGUUGCUUUACAAAAUAAUGAACGUUGGAGCAAAUUCUUUGCAGAAAACCAUAUUGCUUUAGAUAAUGUCAAUAUUGUCGAGUUUGACCUCAGUUGCAUAGAUGUGUAUGCGCUAGGAAUUGAGAACAAAUUGCUGAAACGUACAAUAGCGUUGCUCUCUAAACGAUAA